AUGUUCUUUAAAAGCCUCCUGUCUGUUCCUAUACGAAGAUCAAGUUUUGCAUGUCAAAACAGGUCGAACUAUUUUACGAAUGGGGGAUCAGCGCUAAAAACUCUUUCCACCCAACCGCAGACUCGCUCACAAGCGACCCUAACACGAAGGCUCCAAGCCACCCUGGAGAAUCGCCGACAGCAGGGUAGGUUGAUCGAGCCAGCGGCCCCCGAAAAGAUUGCCCAGAUGGUUGAUUUUGGCUCUAAUGAUACACUCUCACUCAACUCAUCGGGGGUUCUUCGAAAGGCCUUCUUCGAGGAACUGGCAAAACAUCCCAAAUUUGAUGUCGGUAGUCGAUCAACCCGCAUCUUUGAGGGUACUACUCAGUACCUAUCAGACGUCGAAAGUCAUAUUGCUCAGUUCCACAGGGCCGAAUCGGCUUUAUUUUUUCCGUCCGGCUACGAAGCCAAUGUGGCUAUUUGGUCGACGAUCCCACAGCCCGGCGACGUCGUCAUCUAUGAUGAGUAUAUUCAUGCCAGUAUUCACGAUGGCAUGCGUCAAGGGAGGGCUAUAACUAUGAUGUUCUCUCAUAAUGAUUGCAAUUCCCUUCGUAAACGCCUUAUCGAAGUUCGUGAAAAGUAUCCUGCCUUAGCGCACGGCGAUCAAACAGUUUUCAUAGCUCUUGAAUCCUUCUACAGCAUGGAUGCUGACCUUGCACCUGUCCAUGAGAUAUUAAAGCUGACAAAGGAAAUUCUACCUCACGGUAAUACGGUGUUUUCGAUUGAUGAGGCACAUUCAAACGGGUUGGUUGGUCAGAACGGCUCGGGCUAUGUUUGCCACUAUGGUCUAGAGAAAGAGUUUGCUAUCAGGCUGCACACUUGCGGUAAGGGACUUGGGUCAACUGGUGCCGCUGUACUUGUCAAUCCGACUGUGCGGUUUUAUCUCAUUAACUACUCGAGGGGCAUGAUUUUCUCCACAGCACCCGCGUUCCCUACUUUAGCUGCCGUCAAGGCGGGUUACAACAUUCUAGCUAGCAAUGAGGGAGAGGACCGCCGAAUCCGUCUUCAGAAUAACAUCCGGCGUUUCCAUGAAGGGCUCACAAACCACCCAGAAUGGCCGAAGUUUACACAAGCUGGGAUCUUACGUCUACCCAAUGAGCAAACCUGGGGUGAUGGUUGUUUUUCAGCCCCGAUUAUUCCAAUCAUUACCUCAGUAGGGCAAUCCGCCGGUCUUGCCGAGAAGUUACAAGAAGCCGGAUACUGGGUGAACCCAGUACGCUAUCCGAUUGUUCCUAGGGACAAAGAGCGAGUGCGUAUUGUGGUACAUGCAGAUAACACAGAUGAGCAGAUUGAUGAGGUAGUGGAUUUGAUUAUGAUAUGGGCGAGGGAGUAUGUGAGAGAUUCUGGAACAUUUCAAAAGACUGAUGAUUUGUGUGAAAAUAUGGCAUUUUCAGAUUAA